CACCCGUGCGCUAAAGGGGGAAUAGUUUAACCGACUGGUGGGAGAAACGAACUAAGAAUCGAAGAUCCAGUUCAUUUUUGGACCCCCAAAAAAGGCGAUUUUUUUAUGGCGACUUUCCUCAUGGAAGAUUGUUCUUGCGAUCUCGAUGGUGUUCUUAACAAUCUUGGAUUCGAUCCAGUUCGAGGGAGAAAGAAACGGUGAAAAGGCGGAAGAAAUGGAGGGGUUGCCUUCAAUCCGAGGCGGUCUCCUCCUUUGACCACUGCCACCCCCCUUCCUUCCUUCCCACCAUCUUCCUACACCUUUCCCUCUUCUCCAAUCAUCGCCCCGUCGGCCCCCUUUUUUAUAGGCCUCGGCUUUGCCCCCAUUAGCUGGAUCCAUUGAUGGUUGACGAAUCUCCCAGAUCGGAGCAGAAUGGGCGUGUGCUUCUCCGCGGAUUCCAAGGUCACAGGUGGCUCCAGCAGAAGCGGCAGCGGGUCGGUGAGGAAGCGGCAGGCGGAGGGGCCGCGGAAUAAGGCGCCGUCGGAGCAGCCGCCGCCGCCGAAGGAGAGAGGGGCGAAGAAACGGCCCGCCGGACUGGUGGCCUGCGGGAAAAGAACCGACUUUGGGUACGCAAAAGAUUUUGAGAGCCGGUACUCGAUUGGGAAGCUGCUCGGGCAUGGCCAGUUCGGGUACACCUUCGUCGCCACUGAGAAGACAACCGGAGAACGGGUGGCAGUGAAGAGGAUAGACAAGAAUAAGAUGGUCCUUCCAAUUGCUGUCGAGGAUGUGAAGCGGGAAGUAAGGAUACUGUCAGCCCUUAAAGGCCAUGAGAAUGUUGUCCAUUUCCAUGAAGCAGUUGAAGAUGACUCUUAUGUGUAUAUAGUAAUGGAGUUAUGUGAGGGAGGUGAAUUACUGGAUCGGAUAUUGUCCAAAAAGGAUAGCCGCUAUACUGAGAAAGAUGCAGCAAUAGUUGUGAGACAGAUGCUCAAAGUAGCAGCUGAGUGUCAUUUGCAUGGUUUGGUACAUCGGGACAUGAAGCCUGAGAAUUUUCUUUUUAAAUCAACUAAAGAUGAUUCGUCUUUGAAGGCGACAGAUUUUGGCUUGUCUGAUUUUAUAAAGCCAGGGAAGAAAUUCCAUGAUAUUGUUGGAAGUGCAUAUUAUGUUGCUCCAGAGGUGUUGAAACGAAAAUCUGGCCCUGAAUCUGAUGUUUGGAGCAUAGGGGUGAUCACUUAUAUUCUUCUUUGUGGAAGACGUCCCUUUUGGGACAGAACUGAGGAUGGAAUAUUUAGAGAGGUGUUAAAGAACAAGCCUGAUUUUCGUCGAAAGCCAUGGCCACAGGUAAGCAACAGUGCAAAGGACUUUGUCAAGAAGUUACUAGUAAAAGAUCCACGCGUGCGACUUACUGCUGCCCAAGCUUUGUCCCACCCAUGGGUGAGAGAAGGGGGCAGUGCAUCAGAAAUCCCACUGGAUAUUUCUGUUUUAUCAAAUAUGCGCCGAUUUGUGAAGUAUAGUCGUCUAAAGCAGUUUGCAUUGAGGGCAAUAGCUAGUACUCUUGAUGAACAUGAGUUAGCCGAUCUCCGGGACCAGUUUCAACUAAUUGAUAUUGAUAAAAGUGGUUCAAUAAGCCUUGAUGAAAUGAGACAGGCUCUUGCAAAGGAUGUGCCUUGGCGAUUAAGGGGGCCGCGUGUACUAGAGAUUCUUCAGGCUAUUGAUAGCAAUACCGACGGACUUGUUGAUUUCACAGAAUUUGUUGCAGCAACUUUGCAUGUGCAUCAGAUGGAGGAGCACGAUUCUGAGAAGUGGCGCGUCCGAUGUAAAGCGGCUUUCGAUAAAUUUGAUAUGGAUGGAGAUGGAUAUAUUACACCAGAGGAACUUAGAAUGCAUACCGGGUUGAAGGGCUCAAUUGAACCAUUACUAGAAGAAGCUGAUAUAGACAAAGAUGGCAAGAUCAGCUUGUCGGAAUUCCGUAAGCUCUUAAGAACCGCAAGCAUGAGUUCCAAUGUUCCUAGUCCAUCUGGUGUAAAGAAUCCCCAAAUUUUCUAAUUUGAUUUGUCAAUAAGGAAGAGAAGGUUGGCAGAUGUAAACGUUAUAUUGUCUUUGCCUUGCUUUGGUUAUUAUGCUCUAUAUCCCUCUCCCAAUGUUUCUCGGGCUUUGUCAGGAGUGAUGUGGGCAAUGCUUAUUCUAGCCUUUACCCGUGUCAGUGUUGCAAUCAGCUAUAAGAACUAGAGAUGGCGAGAAGAACAUCGGUAAGAACUAUGUGAAAGGUCUACAAUUUGGAUGUAAAAGAAUUUCAUCACACCGUUUGUACAUUAGGUUACUCAAUGAUUUCAUGUCUUUCACCAAACUUGUUGUGUUAUUGUGUAUAUGCUUGUUCAAGUUCAGCAUGAAUAGAACAUACUCAUACCUGUUCUAGUUAGUUUUCUUAUAGUUUUUUGUUUCAUUUUAACUUCUA